AUGGUCAUGGCACAAGAGGCAUGGGAUGCUGUCAAGCCAUCCACCAUUCAGCAUUGCUGGAAUCACACAGGAAUCCAAGCCAACUCUAUGGCACAUUCGUCUCACCCUGCUCAUGCAGACCCAGGUGCAUGGAAAAUCAUACACCAGUUUGCAGAUAUUGAUACUAUGACCUUGCCUCAAGCCGAAGCUUGCUUGAAAGAACACCUUGGCAAUCAUUAUGUCGAGGAGGACUGGAUGGAUGCCCUGAAAACUGCUAUGGUUGUGAAGGGUGACAAUGUCAAAGUGGCUAAGGCUGUCAAGAAACUUGCAUCAGUGGCAUGUCAAAGAACUGGGCUGGUUGUCAAAAUUCAGCCUCUCACCAAGGCACCUCAGCUCCAAACUCUCGAACAUGAAUUGAUGAAGUCCAUAGAGGAGCUUACAAUACGGAGAUGGAUCAUUGGCACACCACUGACUGUUGACGAGAUUCUCGACCCUCAAGAAGAGAAGAACAUUGGACAAGUAACUGCUUAUGAAGAUGAUGAUGCAAUCAUUGCAGAAAUUCAGCGCUGGCAAGCAAUUAGGAGCGGGGAGCUGGUUGAAGUGGAAUCAGAUGAUGAAGAUGAGGAUGAUCAACCCAAGGUCUGUGCUACUGAACUGAUUCUGCUGUGCAAAAAGCUUGAGGCUGCAUGUAUUGCGCAAGUUGGUGCUGAUUCUUCACUUGACCUUGUUCACAAACUUCGGGCAUUUCAAGCAACACUACAGCGCAAGGAGUUGCAGAAUGCAAAGCAGGUUACAUUGGACAAAUUCUGGAAUACCAAGUAA